CCCCCCCCCCUGAUGACAUUCAAUAUCCAAACACCCCCCUUGUUUAUUCAUCAAACACCCGCCAAAAUCCCUAAAAACACUUCCCAAAAUGAAAAUCACAAAACGAUUCAACAGAGUAAUCAAACCCUUAAAACCUAUAAACACCUCCACAAGUGAUUCCAAACCACACACCAUCAAACCCAAACCAAAUUUGAACCCAAAAUCAAAAACAAAACCUAGAACAUUAAAACAAUCCAAUCUUUAUCCAAAACCCACAUUUAUACUGGAAAAAGCCCCAAUCUUGGGCCCUGAUUUUUACCAAAUUGAUGCCCUUGAUCUUGCUCCAAGAUUGCUUGGCAAGUAUCUUAAGAGAGAUGAUGUUGUUCUCCAGAUUACAGAGGUGGAAGCAUAUAGAUCUAAUGAUUCUGCUUGUCAUGGUCGUGUUGGUGUUACACCAAGAACUGCUCCUCUUUUUGGACCAGGAGGGCAUGCUUACGUGUAUCUUUGCUACGGUAUGCAUAACAUGUUGAAUGUUGUAGCUGACAAACAAGGAAUUGGUUCGGCUGUCUUAAUUCGUUCAUGCGCACCUGUUACUGUUGAAAAAUGGUAUGGAUCAACAGGGUUGGAAACUAUCAAACAACGUCGGGGUCAGGAUACUGAGAAGCCCGUUCUUCUUACCGGGCCCGGCAAGGUUGGUCAAGCACUAGGGAUUACCACGGACUGGUCUAAUCAACCUCUCUUUACUCCUGGUGGUUUGGAACUAUUGGACGGCCCAGAAGUGACGGAAAUAGUUGUCGGGCCACGUGUAGGGAUAGAUUAUGCUUUGCCUGAACAUGUUGCGGCAUUAUGGAGGUUUGCAAUUGCUGGGAGCCCUUGGAUAAGUGCUCCUAAGAACACUUUAAGCCCACCUUGAUCUUUUAGUCAUCCAUUAAUCUUGGAUUUGGUUGUAUACUUGUAUGAAUUUUAAUCUUCUAGUAAAAUUUAAUGAUGUUUUUUGGUGUGACUUUUAAA